GAACGAUCCGAUUGGCCAGGGCGGUUCCCGGUGGAGCGUGCUGGCUCUGGAGAAAUGCGCGAGUAGCCGCUUGUCGCAAAAGCUGACUAGAACAGGCAAACGGACAAGACGGCUCGCCGCUCGUACUCGCUCCCGAAAAGCCCAGAACAGGAAAGGAGAUAACAAUGGGGCAUUUCAAGCCCAAUCAAUGUCACGCCAUCGCAGGUGCGCCGGACACAACAGCACCGGGCUGUACGCAACCAGGGGGUGUGACGGCGCAGGGCAACGCGAUGGCGGUUCUGGUCGAGUGACACAAACGCAAGACGGGCGAGACGUCAAAACGACACUUGGAGGUGAGGCACACAGUGCAAGACAAAGUACCGUAUACAUUGCAAAGUCCUAAUUACGCGGUACCAUGGAAGGGCAAACAUGGGUGAGAGAGCGGGCUAGACAGAACAUGUGACAUGAACCCGACGCACCCCAUCACUCAAUCAGACCAGGGAGCAGAGAGAGAAGGGGAAUUAGAGACGUAGCAAUCUCGUUCACGGGCGGGUCGCGACGGGUCGGGACUUCCGAAUGAGAAUUCCCAAGCCAAUGUCGGGAAAAAUGGAGAAGAUCACCGGUAAGUGAGAAGGGUUCAGGAAGGGGUGUGAAAGGACAAUGCGGGGAGGGCACUUUGAGGUUGAAAGGCAGAGAGAGACCCGGUGGAUCCCCAGCAACAGCACGCACUGUGCCGAUCUGUGCCGUACUGUGCUGUAUCCUCUCCUAAUUCCAAUUAUGUGCCGCCCUAUCGCUCCCACAAGAUGCUUGACGUUUG